UUUCGACUUAUCGAUAAUUGGCCUUAAUAAUAACUCUUUAUUAAAUUAUCAAACGUAGGUAUAUCUGUAUAAAAGGAAUAGGUACCUACCUAUCUAUUGAACAGUGAUACCUUUUCAGUACUCCGGUGAAGGUUUCAUUAGAAAAAUGUCCACAAUUUUGAGAUUAGUCUUUGCUGCACUAAUUUGCGUUAAAAUGGACUAUAUUUUAGCUUCCCCGGAGAGAUGUUACUUUUGUGAAUCGCAAGAUAUAGCAGAGUGUGUUCCUCCAGCUCCAGAAAGUCAUGGCUGCACCAUUACUGAAAAAGAAUGCAUAUCUGCUGCGAUACUCUUAAAGGAUUCUGAGACCCAAGCAACCCAUCCCUUAUUCGUUCGUCGUUGCUGGAAAAAUGGUUGCAAGGAACUAAAAAAACAAGAUUUGAAAGUUUUGUACUGUAAAACUUGUGACAAAGAUAAUUGCAACGAUGAUACAAUACCGGAAAAAGAUGAUGUAGGUCCACAGGUAUCAACAGCAAGUCCCGUAGCCGUUACUGAUGAAUUACCACCUGCUGCUUAGUAAUUUAAAAGAAAUUUAUUUGAACUUCAAAUAAACUUUAUCGAGAGAAUGUUA